CUACCGGAAAAAAUAGUAUCGGUUAUUGUGUAAAAAAGAAAAUGGCAAAUUUCUCAGCAGGCAGCAUGAUGAACCAAUAUUACCAGUCAGCGGGGACAUUAAGUAACAUGUACGAUACAAGCCAUGGAACAUGGCAACAAGGAGUGGGAACACCAACAACGAACACACAAAGUCAACAAAAUCAAUCGUCGCAAAGUCAGUUAGACCUCUACACUGCAGGUAGUGGAGGAAACGCUGGAAGCAGUGCCAGUGGAUACGGUUACACGACCCAAACGUCCUACGGUCAGCAGGACUAUGUCAGUGGUGCCUUCGACAGUAAUAUUAGCAUGGGCAUGGGUAGCACCACUUUGAAUACAAAUCAUUCAAACAAUCCUAUAAACUUCGGGAAUACUGUGGGAGGAAGCGGAAAUUUUAGUAACGUUGGAAAUAAUACAGGACAGGCAGGUGGAAACUUCAAUAACAACACGAGUGGAGGUUUUGCAGGUAGUAAUAGUGCGAGUGGACACUACGGUAGCUUUGGCAACAAUAGUAACAUGGGGCAUUUUUUUCAAGGAGAUAUGUGUGGUAAUUAUGGUACAGCCCUUGGAAACAGUAUGCUGGGACUUGUUGGUCAGAAUCUCUAUCAGGGAAGUGUGAAUUGGGAUGGAGAUGGUGGAUACUAUGCUGCACCCAUGGACAACUUUCAGGCAUUUGAGAAGAAAGAGCCAGGAUUUAGAGGGAAAAAAUGGGUUGGAAAAGAUAGGCAAGACUUUUAUGGAGAAAGGUUUUCACAUCAGAACUAUUUAGGAUACACGUGGGGUGGUACAGAAGAUGGAGAUGGAAAAAGAGGAAAAAACAGAAAAACAGCAGGACUGCAGUCUGGAGUGAGAUUCAAUGUAAAUAAUGAGAAGGUGGUGGAUGUGGAGAUACCAUUACAAACUUUUAGCAGGUGGGGACAUCUGAGGAAAUAUUUCCACAAGAGGGAUACAGACGUGGCACGGCAUAUUAUGGAAAUUCAUGAUAUGUUUUGUGAAGAAUGCUAUGACAGAGAUGAAAAGAAAAAGCAACAAAAAGAAGAAAAGAAACAGGUACAAGAAAAAGGAGAAAAUAGUGAGGAAACAGCAGAAGAAAAGACAGAAGAGACGACUGAAGAGGAAGUAGAAAUUCGAAGAAUAAUGGGUUUCAGCAGUUUCAAUACAACCAAGGGUGCAAUGGUGGAAGGAAGUAAAAUAGAAGGUCAUGAUGCAGAACUGCAGCUUAAUGAAUUAAAUACAGGGAGAGCUAAUACAGCUGUGCAUGUACAGGAAAUGGCAGAUGCUUUGCUAUCAGGAGCAACGCAGUUAGAGAAAGAAUCAGAGAAGCCAUUUAUAGGCCCCAUGCAGCCUGUCAAUUUUUCUGACAUUUCCAAGACUGACUGUGCAGAGGCAGUUGCAAGUUCGGGAGAUUCAGAAAUGCAUCAUGAAACGCAAGUAGAGAGUCAAACAGUGCAACCAGGGAAAGAGUCAGAAGAAACCAAAGGACUAACUGAAGAAGAAAAAGCAGUCAUGAAGAAGUUAGGAUGGUCUGUUUUUAACAAUAAGAUUUAUCAGGACAGUGGAAGAUGCUACCUGGGGAAAACAAGGAGAGCUGAUGGGCUGGUUUACCUGGAGAACUGUACCAAUGCUUACAACAGUACAGUCACGAUUCUUAGGCAGCUGCACAGUGACUGGAGCGCAUUAGUUUAUGAUAUCUUUUUCUGCCAGUAUAGUACAAUCAUCAGUCAUGUAAAUGUCUUAUUUGAUAAAGCUGUAUUUAUAUCUUUCUUAUAAUUUUUAUAGUUGCAUCAUGAUUUGUUUUUCAAUAGAAAAAGAGAUUUCUUUUUAAUAAUAAUAUGCUGUGAGCUGACAGUGCUGUCUAAAAAUGUUGAAUUUAUUGAAGUCUUUCUACCCAUCUGCUUCAUACUGAAUAGAAAUUUAUUUUAUAUAAUCAAGUUUAUUUAUCAUCUGAUUCCUGAAAUUGUGUAAAAACUUUCUUUGCUCGGAAAAAAUAGUAGUAUUCUCUGUAAUCUCUAUGUACACUGUCAAAGUGUCAUAUUUUUGUUUUUUAACAUGGUGUCGAUGUGAGUUCACAAAGUGUGUCAAAUCCACGUUUUGGUAAGUAAUUUUGGAUAAGACUGUUUUGAUGAAUUUUGUGUUUUCUGUGAAUAGCUUCCAGCUAGAUAAACAGUUUUCUUUUACCUCAUUGUUACUCUUAUUUGUUAUAUGCUAAAGUUAUGAACAUUAGUAAUAGUUGUUUUGAGAGAUCAUUUUUCUUUUUGUCUUUUUGAGAUUUUUAGUUACAUUAAAUUAGUGGACGAAGAAGGUAAUUGAGCUCCUCUGUACACAUGCCAUGCCCUGGACAUAGUAAACCAUUUAAGAGUUCAUUAUUCUUGUGUCUACUAGGAAGGACUUAAUACUGCACAUUUUACAAAAAUGAAGCAUCAACCACAAAGUUGUUACUUCAUGCUUAGAGUAUAGUAUAGCAAAUAGAUUUAACAUAAUCUCAACACAGUUAAGACAAACCACUUAAAGCAUGAUGUGGCAUCCACCUCUAAAGUGCAUGAAACAGGUUUAUUAAAAGUAAUUAUACACUUCGCGUAGUUUUCAUGUCGAUUAAAACUGGUAUUACAUGCUCUUCUCUUAAAGAUGCAUAAAAUAUGGAAAUCUGUUGCCUAUGUCUAAUCACGAACUAAUAUCCCUGGACUGCUGGCAGACGAUUUUUUCCAGUUAACUGCUAAAACAGGGCAUUAGACGACAUAGUUUUCGGUUUAUCCACAUUCUCUGUUACGGCUCGCCGAGACUAACAGCGGAUCACUUUGCGAAAGGCUAAGAGAGAGUCUCAACAGACAGACAUCAGUUCAUAAAUACACGUCCAUGGUCUAAUUGAAUCAUGAACUUAUAUCCAUAUAACUUAUUAAAUACACGUUCAUGAAUUGAAUAGAUGGUGCUUAAAUACCAUACAUGGGUUUCAUUUGCCAUUUUUCAUUUUUAGAAUCUCUGCUGAAUCAGAUUAAAAUUUGUUGUAGUUCUUUGAUAAAUAGAUAUCUUUUUGAUUAAAUUUCAGCACCAAAAAAUAAAAAAGUAAAUUUUGAUGGAAUAUGUGAUGUAUCAUCACGCGUGGUAAAAAGAGUCCUAGUUUAAAAAUACUCUUUUUCCUUUUGUAGUGUUGAGUCACAAUAAAUAUUAUAUCCAGAAAUGUCUUAAGAUUGUUCUCGGAAAGCAGGUAUUGUUCCUACUGCAUUGCAAUUAAAAUGAUCUCAAAAGUUACUGCAUGGACUGCAUGUUAUAUGAUGCAAUUAAAGAAAUGGCAAAUUGUGGCAACGAUAUCUACGAUAAUGUCCCCUUUUUGUUGCAUGUUUUGUGGAGGUGUUUAUACAGUUUUGUAAGGUACAUGAACAAACACAUACCACUAUAGCCUGUUUGUGAUCAGUGAAAACUUGGAACUGUUGACUGAUUUAAAAAAAAAAAAAUUUUUGCAAUGUGGACUUCGAGAGCAAAGCAUAAAUCUUCUUUUCAUGUGCUUGUCUACUUCCAAAACUGAAACUAGACUACAUUUUAAAGAACUACUAUAAGAAGCAGACAGGAGUGAUGGUCUCUUGAAUGGUAGAAAAUGAAAUCGUCAUCGUUGAUGUUCCUAGUCUUGUUUAUCGUAGAAGAACAUUUCAAAUGACUUGGAACCAACUUUUACUGUCCCUUUUUAGAUCUCCAAAGUGUCUGACUUGUUCACUGUUGACUUUCAUCUUGAAAGAUUUUAUUCAUAAUUUUUUUAAUGCUUUGUACUUUCCUUUAAAUCUUUGUAAAUUUUGAUGAUAUCAAGAUGGAUCUGUAGCACUUUAGUGUGCAUCUUCUUAUUACAGUGAGAUCUUAUGGGACCCAAAUAAAAAUAUAAUUUUGUCAGAAAUUCAAA